GAACUCAAAGCUGCAUUAUUGGAAAUCAACAUCUAGAACGGAACAUCAUUUGUAUAGCAAAUUUUUUAUAUAAAAAAAUAAGAAAUGGCUGCAUUUAAAGAAAUAGUUGCUCUUUACCAAAAUUUAAAGCAAGAAUGGACUAAAACUCCAUGUAAUUUAAGUAAAUGCGGCGAACUGCUCAACGAAUUAAAAGUUGGAUUAACACAUUUAAUGUUUUUACCAACUUCAAACACAAAAGCUUCACAAAAAGAAUUGCUCAUCGCUCGUGAUAUUCUUGAAAUCGGAGCACAAUGGAGUAUUGCAGCAGAAAAUAUUCCAUCGUUCGAACGUUACAUGGCUCAACUGAAGUGUUAUUAUUUUGAUUAUAAAUCAGCACUUCCUGAAUCAGCGUAUAAAUAUCAGCUCUUAGGACUGAACCUUUUAUUUUUGUUAUCACAAAAUAGAGUUGCUGAGUUUCAUACAGAAUUAGAACUCCUUCCAUCUGAUCAAAUUCAGUCUAAUGUUUACAUUCGCCAUCCACUUAGUUUAGAGCAAUGUCUUAUGGAAGGUUCAUACAAUAAGAUAUUUUUAGCAAAGGGCAAUGUACCUGCUGCAUCUUAUACUUUUUUUAUUGAUAUCCUAUUAAAUACUGUACGAGAUGAAAUUGGAGCAUGUAUGGAAAGUGCAUAUGAUAAAAUUUCACUCAAAGAUGCAUCAAAAAUGUUAAAUCUUAGCUCUGAAAAGGACACUAUUGCAUUUGCGAACAAGAAAAAUUGGAAAUUGGGUAAAGAUGGAUAUUUUAAUUUCAGUACAUCUCAUGAAAAGAAGGCAGAAGAACCUAUACCAAGUGCUGAUCUUGUUACCCUUGCAAUCGAUUAUGCUAGAGAACUGGAAAUGAUUGUUUAAACAUAUUUAUAAUAGUACUAAAUUUUUUUAAGUAUUCCUUUCAAUUAUUUCAUAUAUUUUUCGUGUAAUAUACAAACUAAUUCAAAACUA